UUAAACCCGACCAACAUGGCGGCGAAUCGAAUGAAUUUUCUGCAGGGCAAGACGGUCCGAAAGGUCGUCGCUGGUGGACAUUCUCGAUCAUCAUCCACCCCACAGCUCAGCAGCACUUCCACGACCAUAUAUGGCGGUGGAGUUAAAGAUCCUUCAGGUCGAAUCACCGAGUACUCUUCAGAGGAUGACCAGUGUCCAGUAUGCAAGUCGGACAAGUACUUGGAGAAGAAGCUACGCCUCUUGGUUAGCUCCUGCUACCACAAGAUGUGUGAGUCUUGCAUCGACCGUUUGUUUACCCUCGGCCCCGCACCGUGCCCAAUAUGUAACAAAGUUCUCCGCAAGCUCGCCUUCACGCCACAAACCUUUGAAGACCUGGGAGUAGAAAAGGAGAUUGCCAUUCGCCGCCGGAUCGCGAAAGAAUUCAAUAAACAUCUUGAAGACUUUCCUAGUCUGCGCGAGUUCAAUGAUUACCUCGAAGAGGUUGAGGAUAUAACAUUCAAUCUCAUCAACGACAUUGACGUGGUUGGCACAGAAGCUCGUAUUGCGAAGAAUCGAGAAGCCAAUGCUGCCAUCAUCCGCGAAAACGCGCGAAAAGAGGCUCAAUAUGCUCUCACUCUUCAGCAAACGGAAGAAAACGAACGCAAAGAGAGAGAACUACGCGCGGAAGAAUUGAGACGAGAAGAGGAGGAGGAGCGCCAUGCUCGUGAAUCUGGCAAACGAGAAAUCAUAGACAGGUUGGAACGCGCUGACGGGAAGAAUGCGUCCAAGGUCAUACGUGAAACGCGAAAGGCACGUGCCGAAAGAGAGGCAGGCAAGAAAGGCGGCCCGACACAAGGAGCUCUUAUGCGGGCUCGGGUGGCAGCGACAGCAACUGUGGCGGCCAAAGACGUCCCACAUGUUCCAUUCCAAGACGACUAUUACGCGUAUCAAGACCGCUAUCUUCUCCAACCAGUUUAUGUUGACCCAGUCAGCGAGGCUGUCAGGCAGGAUCGCGAAGGCAUAAUGAGAGCAGGCGGAUAUAAGGUUGAAGAGGCAUGGGAAAGAGCAUUACGGUUUGCUGUGGCAGGACUUGAUUUGGCUCCUCUGGGAGACACGAUAGACAAAGGCGGUGAUGUGAUUAUGUCAACAGCGUAA